AUGGCUUCCAUCUGUACUUCUCCGCGUACCCAAUCCAAAAGCAAAGGCAUUGUCACUGACAAGUCAAGUCUUGAAGAGACACAUAAUCAGUUCAGCCACAAGGCCUCAUGGGACAGUGACUCAAUCCGAGUUUUCCUGCUGUUAAUUGCAAAUGAGAUUACUAAAGGAAAUCGCCCAUUCCUAGUCCUCAGCCAAGCAGGGUACAAGUCCUUGGGAAGGAAAUUUGAGAAAAAAAUAGGAAGAAAACAUGGACUCAAACAGUUGAAGAAUAAGUACAUGAGUUUGAAAAAAGAGUGGCAAGUGUGGACAAAGUUGAUGGGUUCAAGCAAAGGAGUGUCAGGGAUAAGGUUUGACUGUGACACCGGUAUAUUUCAGAUAAAGAAGGCGUGUACCAAGUUCAGGAAAAAGACCUUGGAACAUCGUGAGUUGAUGGAGACGGUCUUCAUGGGGGCAUUAGCUACUGGUAAACACCAUUGGACCCCGGGAGAAAAACUUGCUGAAGCUGCUGAUGACUCAUCUAAUUCAAUGCAUAGUUUGGGAGCCCAGCCAUUUGCUGAUCCGAUACCCGUAGGAGUACAGGACAUGGAUUCAGAUUCUUCACUAGAGCAUGUUCCGAUUGAAAAGGGGAAAAGGAGAAAGACGCCAUCAAAUAGUGUUUCAAAGUCGAAGAAGGCAACAAGUGGAGCGUCAAUUAUUGUGGAAAGAAUGAACAAUCUGACAGAUGUGGUGCGUACGAAGAAUCAGCAGGUUACGGUGAGGCACCUCACAGGCAACGAAUCGUUGUACACUAUUUCAAAGUGCAUGCAUCGCCUGACGAGUAUUCCAUCCCUGGUUGGUACGCCGUUAUUCCACUUUGCCUCAACACUUAUGGAUAACGCCGAUUUGCGGGAGGUGCUGAUGUGCCAGCUUGAUGACGACUCUAUCGUAGGGUGGCUUACACAAAAGCAGCUCCAGUGUACUGCGUCGGCGCCUUUUGCAAACCUGUUUGGGUCUCGCCGGAUGUGA